GCAAUACUAAAAAGAAUCCAUCCGAUUGUUUCCGUGCAAGAUAAUCAGUUUGAAACCACAUUCAUCUAUUGUGUGAUAGCAGUCUAGUAGUGUGGAACCAACAAGUGCAUUCAACUAUCAGCCUUGCCUUUCAAUGCUUCCAACUGCUGGCCCUCAGCGGCAGCAUCCACAACAAACCUCUCAACAGCAAGGUACAAAUCUACCCAAACCUGACACUCGGCAUUCUUCAAAUAAGCGUCCAAAGUUGGAAACACCGUUCACCAUGUUGAACGCAAACAACGAUGCUGAUCAAAAGCAGUCUCAAAGGCUGGGUGGAAAAACCGCAAAAAAGCUUGUUAUUAAAAGUUUUAAAGUAAAACCCAAACUUCCAGAGAAUUUUGAAGCAGAUACCUGGGAGAAACUACGACUAGCUGUUCAAGCCAUUCACGCACGCCAACCAGUGCAGGAUAGUCUGGAAGAACUUUACAAGGCUUGUGAAAAUCUGUGCCAUCACAAUCGACAGAGUAAUUUAUAUCAAAAGCUGUACUCUGUAUGCAAAGAUCAUGUGCUCGUUGAAUUGGAUGCACUAAAAAGCAAUAUUCACACGAGUGGAUGCAAUAUCCUUGUAGCGGUAAACGAAUGCUGGCUUAGAUAUUGCCAGCAAAUGAUGUUGAUUCGCAGUAUUUUCUUAUAUCUGGACCGCACGUACGUGUUGCAAACUGCCUCGUUGAAAUCUAUCUGGAGUAUGAGCAUGGACCUGUUUCGUAGCUAUGUUUUAGACGACAAGGAAAUUCAAGAGCGUGUUGUGAGAGAACUAAUUCAAGAGAUUAAUUGUGAAAGACGUGAACAGCAAAUAUCCCGUCCAUUGAUGCGUUCUCUUAUACGGAUGAUGACAGAUUUGAGUGUGUAUAUUCGAGUUUUCGAAACAACUUUUCUUGAAAACACCCGCCAGUUUUACCGAGUAUUUAGUAAAACAAUUGUGGAUAGUAUUGAUGGUAACCUGGCUUUGGGAGAGGGUGCAAAUCGUGUUUCCAGCUAUUUGAUUCAAGUCUCAAAUCGACUAGAGCAAGAGACACAGCGAUGCUCGCCUGGUGAGGGGUAUAUUGAUCCGCUCACUCGCAAGAAACUUGUCCUCACUCUUGAAGACGAAUUGCUUCGCCAGCACGCCACGCUACUUUUAGAUGUUGGAUUUGACCAACUUGUUGCUGCACAGAGGAUUGACGAUCUUGCUCUUUUUUACAAACUUUUGGAGCGUAUUGGCAUGCUGGAAGAACUGAAACGAAGAAUGUCACAAUACAUUCAAGCUACCGGAAUCUUUAUUGUCAAGGAUCCAACUCGUGACAAGACUAUGGUGCAAGAACUUCUCGAAUUUAAAAUGCGUUUGGAUGAUAUUCUUAAAAACGCGUUUCAGUCUACUGAGAGCUUUGACCAUGCGAUCAAGGAGUCAUUUGAAAAGUUUAUCAAUCAGCGACAAAACAAGCCAGCAGAGAUGAUUGCCAAGUACAUUGAUGAGCUAUUGAAGCACGUCAAGGGAAUGACAGAUCUAGAGGUAGACAGACGACUCGAUCAAUGUCUGGCAAUUUUCAGACUAGUCCAGGGCAAAGACGUGUUUGAGGCCUUUUACAGCAAAGAUUUAGCCAAGCGCCUUUUACUUGAGAAAAGCACCAGUGUCGAUGCUGAAAAGAGCAUGCUGUUUAAACUCAAGGCCGAGUGUGGUCCAGGCUUUACUUCCAAGCUGGAGGGUAUGUUUAAGGAUAUGGAGCUUUCACGGGAUAUUAAGCGCAAAUUCGAAGAUACUGCUGGAUUCUAUAACCGUAUUGGACGGAUUGAUCUCAAUGUGUAUGUUUUAACUUCAGGAUUGUGGCCAACAUACACACCUGUGGAUCUGAAUCUUCCAAAUGAGAUGACGGUUUGUCAGGAAGUGUUUAAAGAGUACUAUAUGAGUAAACAUAAUGGCAGACGAUUAGUAUGGCACAAUUCUCUUGGAUCAUGCAUCUUGCGAGCCCAAUUUGAAAAGCCCAAAGAACUCCAGCUAUCCCUUUUCCAAGCGGUGAUUAUGCUGUGCUUCAACAACUCCAAAACCCUUUCUUUUAAUGCACUCCACACUCUUACCAAUCUUGACGAAAAGGAGCUUUCUCGCACUUUGCAAUCACUAUCUGUUGGCAAAUCCCGCGUUCUUCUCAAGGAAAGCAAGGGUAAAGACGUUGAACUUGAUGACACGUUUGAAGUUAAUGAGCAUUUCACACAUCCACAGUAUCGUAUAAAAAUUGGAUCAAUCAGUGUUCGUGAAAGUGUAGACGAGAUGGUUGAGACAAAUGAAAAGGUAUUCCAAGACCGUGUGUUUCAGGUUGAUGCGGCAAUAGUCAGGAUUAUGAAGACGGAAAAACGGUGUGCUCAUGCAACGUUGGUGUCGAAACUUUUCCAAAUUGUCAAAUUUCCUAUUGCUGCUGAAGAUCUGAAAAAGCGUAUCGAGUCUCUCAUUGAACGCGAAUAUCUUGAUCGAGAUUCAAACGAUAAGAGUUUAUAUAUAUAUCUUGCAUAAAGCAAUUUAAAUGAAAUUUUGCUGUUAUCCAUUG